AUGGCACCUCCCCCAAAGCAACGGAAGAUUGCGGUUGUUGGCAGCAGAUCUGUGGGCAAAUCAUCACUUACCGUUCGGUUCGUUGACGGCGUGUUUGUUGAGAGCUACUACCCGACCAUUGAGAAUACAUUCAGUAGCACCAUCAAGUACAAGGGCCAGGACUUUGCUACGGAGAUCGUGGACACCGCCGGCCAGGAUGAAUACAGUAUCUUGAACUCGAAACAUUUCAUCGGCAUUCAUGGCUACAUCAUCGUUUACUCAGUCGCAUCGCGCCAGUCUUUUGACAUGGUCAGGGUUAUUCGGGAUAAGAUUCUCAAUCACCUGGGAGCGGAAUGGGUACCCCUAGUCGUAGUCGGAAACAAAAGCGAUCUCAAACCAGACGUACGACAAGUGACAGAGGAAGAAGGGAAGAAGCUCGGGGAGGAAUUCAAUUGCGCCUGGACCGAAGCCAGUGCCCGGCUGGACGAGAAUGUCGCCAAAGCCUUCGACCUGAUCAUCGCGGAAGUUGAGAAAUCGCAGAAUCCAACCCAGCCGUCCAGCGGCAGUAAGUGCAUCGUUAUGUAA